ACGGUGAAGUCGGCCUGCCUGCAACUCCUGCGGAAGCAGAUCUGAAUCGUUUCGUGCUUUCGCCUCCAACGAUCUCUCCAAGCAGUCGGGCAAGAAUUGGGAUUUUGUUUUACGCGAAUAUCCGAUCCUCUGUUUGGCCAUGGACGACUGGAGAUCCGCAGGACUGUGAAGCUCACUUUUUGAUGGAGGGCGUUGGAGGUGAUGGUGCCUCUGUUGCGGCACCUCUAAACCAAAUGAGGCAUGAUGCUUGGAAGCUUUUCCAGUAUUAUUUGGAUAAAACUACUCCCCAUGCUGUUUAUAGAUGGGUUGGAACCUUUGUUUUUGCCUGCAUAUAUGCUCUGCGGGUUUACUAUGUUCAAGGCUUCUACAUUGUUUCCUAUGGCCUGGGUAUCUACAUACUGAAUUUGUUGAUUGGGUUUUUGUCACCUCUUGUUGAUCCUGAGCUGGAGCCUUCUGAUGGGCCAUUGCUACCAACAAAAGGUUCUGAUGAAUUCAAACCUUUCAUUCGCCGCCUCCCCGAGUUCAAGUUCUGGUACUCGAUCACUAAAGCUUUCUGUAUAUCAUUUCUCAUGACCUUCUUCUCAAUGUUCGAUGUCCCUGUCUUCUGGCCGAUACUUCUAUGUUACUGGUUGGUGCUGUUUAUCCUCACAAUGAAGCGCCAAAUCAUGCACAUGAUCAAGUACAAGUAUAUCCCAUUCAAUAUUGGAAAACAGAAAUACGGUGGUGGCAAGAAAUCAGCUGCGAGUGGCAGUGGCUCCCGGGCAGACUAAAGCUUUUGCUGGUUCUAUAACUAGAACAAAGGGAAAUGGUUUGUAGAGGACCAUAAGAAGAUAGUUUGGACAAAUUGGUUGCUAUAGAUGAUGAUGUUUUGAUGAAUGUGUAAGUAACAAUUUAUUGAGUUCGAAAAGGGGGGGUUACAGAAAAUGUAGUUCAGUUGUGCCCUGCCAUUCUAUCAUCUGAUGUUGCUAGAGAUGCUGCAUUGUUGUUUUUCUAUACAAUUGCUAUGAAGAUUGGAUACGAAUUUAAUUGCGGCGCCUGGCUGUGUAAAAUCUGCUUUGAUUCUGUUAGGUUAUAUCUCCAUUAUUAUUGAC